AUGGCUAUGCUGUUUGGAAUUGAGGAGAUCCAAGCCAACCCACGAAUACUUCCAAAUAUUACUCUGGGAUUUGGAGUUUUUGACUCCUGUGCAACUGUUGCAGGAGCUCUAGAGAGCACAAUGAGCUUACUUAGUGGGCAAAAGACAACGAUUCCCAACUAUGCCUGUGACCUGCAUUCCUUUGCUAAAGUAAUCAUUGGAGAUGCAUUCUCAAUGACAUCAAUACCAAUGGCAAAGCUCCUUGGAGUCUAUAAAUAUCCUCAGAUUAGUUACUCAGCAUCUGUUAUGGCACUGAGUGACAAAAAUCAGUUUCCUUCAUUUCUCCGAACAGUACCGAGUGACCUGUUUCAGUCUGUUGGUUUAGCUCAUCUAGUGCUGUAUUUUGGGUGGACAUGGGUUGGUAUAUUAGCUGAGACAAGUGACUAUGGCCAACAAGGAAGCCAGAUAUUAAAAGAGGAACUUAGUAAAGCUGGUGCCUGCAUUGCAUUCUUUGAAACAAUAGCCACUGUGAAUACAGAUAAUAAGAUUCAGUACAUAAGUGAAAUUAUUCAGAAAUCAUCCACAAAUGUGAUUGUUAUCUAUGCUGCUGACAUCACAAUAUUUCCCCUUAUGCAAGAGAUUGCUAGGAAUAACGUGACCGGAAAGGUCUGGAUUGCCUGUGAUUCUUGGAUUGAUUUCCCCUUGUUGUCUCACACAAAUUACUUUAAAACCUUUCAAGGGACACUUGGUUUCAUGAUGCGAAGAGGAGAAAUGCCAGGAUUUAAAGAAUUUAUUCAUAGACUUUACCCUACAAAUGACCCAGAAAAUAUAUUUCUAAAAGUGUUUUGGGAAAUGGUGUUUGACUGUAAAUUACAUUAUCCAGAGAUGAAUGAAACAAUUCAGGAGAAAGUCAAGCAAGGCCAAAUCUGUACAGGAGAUGAGAAACUAGAGUUAACUGGUUUACAUUUUUUUGAUCUUGAGCAGUUGCGAUUUACUUAUAAUGUAUAUAAUGCUGUCUAUGCAGUUGCAUAUGCUUUACAAAAUCUGACAUCCUGCAAAAGUGGAGUAGGGCCAUUUACCAAUGGCACCUGUACCACAAUUAACAACUUUAAGCCAUGGCAGCUUCUCCAUUAUCUAAAUAAUGUUCAUUUUUGGAACAAGAAUGGAGAGGAAGUCUUCUUUGACAAGAAUGGAAACACACCAGCAUUGUAUGACAUACUAAACUGGCAGCCAACAACAAGUGGUUCUUUCAGAUAUGUGGAAGUCGGCCAUUUCAAAUCUAGUUAUGAAAAUGGUCAUGAACUAAUGAUAGAUGUGAAUUCUAUUCUAUGGAACAAAGGCUAUAAAGAGAUUCCCCAAUCUCAGUGCAGUCAGAAUUGUCCAGCAGGGUACAGAAAGGCAACUCAACCAAGCCAACCAAUUUGCUGCUUCAUUUGUAUCACUUGUUCCCAAGGAGAAAUUUCUAAUCAGAGUGAUUCUGCUUUUUGUCUGAAGUGCCCCAGUGAUCAGUGGCCAAAUGUGAAACAAGACAAGUGCAUUAUGAAACAGCUGGAGUAUCUUUCUUAUGAAGAACCCUUUGGGAAAACUUUAACCAUAGUACCCAUAUUCAUGGCUGUGGCUGCUACUACUGUCUUUGUUAUCUUUCUGAAAUCCCAUAACACUCCUGUUGUCAAAGCAAACAACCGUGAACUUAGCUAUAUCCUCCUGAUAAGUCUUGUACUGUGCUUCCUCUGUUCAUUGAUCUUCAUUGGUCGACCCACCAACCUGGCCUGCAUGCUCCGCCAAGUUACUUUUGGCAUCAUUUUUAUACUUUCUGUCUCUUGCAUUUUAACUAAAACUGUUGUGAUUGUUAUUGCUUUCAAUGCCUUUAAGCCCAACAGCAAUCUGAAGAAGUAUGUUGGGCCCAGACUACCAAAAACAUUAGUUUUGUUGUGCACACUUAUACAAAUUAUAAUAUGUGUUACCUGGUUAAUUAUUUGCCCUCCAUUCCAGCAUGAAAACAUAACUUCUGUAACAGGGAAGGUCAUUAUAGAAUGUAAUGAAGGUUCAGUCAUAGCAUUUUGGUGCAUGUUGUCUUAUAUGGGCCUAUUAGCCACUGUAAGCCUUGUAGUAGCAUUCCUGUCCAGGAACCUCCCAGAUAGCUUUAAUGAGGCUAAAUAUAUCACAUUCAGUAUGUUGGUUUUUGUCUCUGUAUGGACGUCAUUCAUCCCAGCCUACCUGAGCACACGAGGGAAAUACAUGGUAGCUGUGGAAGUGUUUGCCAUUGUGUCCUCUGGUGCUGGCCUGCUGGGUUGUAUAUUUGCUCCUAAAUGUCACAUUAUUCUCCUCAAACCUGAGAUGAAUACAAAAGAGUUUUUAAUGGGAAAAGGUACAUUUAAGAAAUGA